AUGUUUUGUACGCAAGCAUUUCAUGAAAAUGCGGUAGAAGAUAUCGCAGAUUGUCUUUCUAUUAAUAGUGGUAGACAUUCACCAGUUUCUGAUCAUAUUGAGGGUUCCAAAGAAAAUAUACCAUUUUCAAAUAGAAAAGAUCCCUCAAAUGUUAAUAGACCAGUACCUGUUUCAUGUGCAUCCUGUUCGUUUUCUUUACCUCCAUUAAAUACGUUAGGUGUUGUGAAAAUAUAUAAUUCUACCGAAAUAAAAGGUUUUAGAACUAAUGACGACGAAAAUCCUAUGGUCACAUAUGUUGGUUCUCGAUAUCCGCAACAUUCUCAAUUAUAUGCAGCAGUACGUCAAGCCUGCGUUAGAAGGGAAGGACCAGUAUUAUUUGGAGACGAUAAAAAUGGUUAUGUACUCAGUUACAUGUUUAAAAUUAAGGAUAAUCAGGCUCGAGGAUCUCAAAGAUGGUAUAGUUUCGUUUUUUUAAUGACAGAUCGCGCUUAUCUAGUGGCAUCAUGGCCAUUUCUCGUGAGUAAAUUUCGAAUGCUUGCAACUAAUCUUCAAACAAAAGCAAAUCAAAUGUUUGAAAGAGAGAAUGCAGCAAGAGAAGGUAAACACGAUGACGCGUUUAUGUCACGUUCAGGAGCACUUCCACCUACAUCACCAGAUCAAUUUCUCAGACGAAGAGCGAAUCAACCUUUAAGAUCAUUAGUGGAAUUAUUAAAAACAAAGGACUUGUUUAUUCAACUCCAUGCAAAUUUCAGUUGGAUAUUAAAAGCGUGUGGAAAGCGUUUACAAGAAAAACAUGUAAACGAUCAAAAAUUGGUAAAUAUUUUACCUAUAAUGUUUCUUGACCCAAUAAAUGAGUUCAAAACGAGCCAAAAUUCAGCAUUCUAUCAAAACGGUGAAUUCGGUACACAGAUUGUUCAUUUGAAAUCUCUAUAUAAUUUAUUAGGGAUUUCAAAUUUUAGAAAAUUAAUUUUAAAUUUUGUUAGAGACAAUCAAUUGGUUAUUAGAAGUUCAGACCGUGAUAUUACAAAAUCUGUAAUUACAGUUAUUAAAGAUUUGGUACCAAAUAAUUGUUGUUCAGUGAUAGAAUAUGAAAAUAAAUAUCAACCAAAAACAAAUUGCAAUAUAUUAGGACUUAAUGCAACAACUCAAAUACCUAAUGAAGAUGUUUUGAAUGCAAUUAAAUUUAAUAUGCAAUUUGGAAUUGAAGAAAGUAAUAUUGAAACUGUUGACGUCAACGAAACAACAUUUUCUCCUAAUUUAUACAUCGAUCAAUUAUCAGAAAUAUUAAAACUUAAUUUACCAGUUGAAUUAUUAAAUAUGCAAUUGGUGAUAUUUAAAGAACAAUGGUCAAGUAAAGCAAAGCAGUACUUUAGAUUUCUGUCCAAUAUUGAAAAUAAUACAAUUGAUUCAUCUAUUUCAGAUAAAGAAAAGGAAUUAGCAAAGACAUUGAACAUUAAUGAAAUUGAUUUACCGAUAUUAAAAAAUUUUAAUAUGGGACGUGUUAUUCGUUCUCAGAGAAAAGGUCCCGGAGGUAUCUUUAAAUCUCACACUAGACUUCGUAAGGGAGCUGCCAAAUUACGUCCCUUAGAUUUUGCUGAACGUCAUGGAUAUAUAAGGGGAAUUGUUAAAGAGAUUAUCCACGAUCCAGGUCGUGGUGCUCCUCUUGCCAAAGUUCAAUUUCGUGAUCCUUAUCGUUUUCGGCUUGUUACUCAAACCUUCGUUGCUACAGAAGGUUUACACACAGGCCAAUUUGUAUACUGUGGGAAAAAAGCUACAUUGACUGUUGGUAAUGUACUUCCAGUGGGAACUAUGCCUGAAGGAACUAUUAUUUGCAACGUUGAAGAAAAGAUUGGUGAUCGUGGUGCUUUAGCUCGUGCAUCUGGAAAUUAUGCUACUAUCAUUGGUCAUAAUCAUGAAGAAGGGAAAUCUCGAAUUAAGCUUCCUUCCGGUGCAAAAAAAAUUAUCAAUUCAAACGCUCGUGCAACUAUUGGUAUCGUAGCUGGUGGUGGUCGUAUCGAUAAACCUUUACUUAAGGCAGGUCGUGCAUAUCAUAAAUAUAAAGUAAAAAGAAAUUGUUGGCCAAAGACUCGUGGUGUUGCUAUGAAUCCUGUGGACCAUCCUCAUGGUGGUGGUAAUCAUCAACACAUUGGUCAUGCUUCUACAGUUGGAUUAAUUGCGGCUAGAAGAAGUGGUUUACUCCGUGGUACUAAUAAAGUCAAGGCUACUUAA